GCGGCAGUUGCCCGUAGCAACAGUUUAUUUACUCCAGUCAGCCGGUUGUUUUGUGAUACUCUCCGUUUGAUUAUAGAACAAGUGUCAGAGGAGAAACAGGUCCAUCAUGGACCACCGUCUCCAGGAGGCCACGGGACCUGAUCCUGCGAACAUGGAUGUGAUGCUGAACCUCUCUGAAGAGUUCAGAGCGAAGUGCAAAACACUGAUGGAGGAAACUAGCAAAGCUUGCAAACGUCUGCAGGAUGAGGACAGUAGGCACCUCAAUCAACGAGUUCGAGAUAUCCAGUUUCUGCAGAAGGAGAUGGAACUGAAACUGGGCGAGAUUAUUCUGGAGGCUGAUGUUCUCGUUGCCUUACAGAGCAGAGUGAUGAAAGCCCUGGAAGUGUGCAAAGAGUCACUGAGGGUCAACAUUCUCUGUCAGGAGGAUAGAAAGAAGCACACCUCCUCUGAGAGGCAGCAGGAUGAAGUCAACAAGGAGCUGCUCAAAGAGAAGAAGGUAACUGAAGAUGUGGCUUCUCUUCUGGAGCGAGUGGCAGAGCAGGUCUCAGAACAGAUUCGACUGAAUCGAUCAACUAAGUACCAUUUAGAACGAGAUCUGAAGGAGAUAUUUGAGGCUCAGAACAUCGACAACCCCUGCGCUUUAAUGACUGUUCAUUCCAACCUAACCCAGGAGAAGCCUAAAGACAAUUGCACUGAACCGCCCAGCGUCACAGUAACUCCAAAGCAGUGGGAGAACAUCUCAGACCUCAACAUAGCCAAGGCGGUGCAGCAGAAGACCAACUCCAUGUCCCUGCGGACCUUGGUAGAGUCUGUUCUGCAGCAGACAGCUGCUGACGUGCAGAAGCAGUUUCAGGCUACAACGGUAGCCUUUCAGCUCUACAUUCACCAGGUCAAGUUCUCCAAGGACCAGAUGGAGGAGAAACUGUCCAAGAUUUUGUCGGAGAUCACCGCCCAGCAAUUAAUCAGACAGGAUCUUCAAGCAUCCAUCACAGAAAAUGAGCAUUUCCUGAGUUUGGCCCAGGCCCGAUGGUCUCAGCGCCAUCAGAGUCCUGGUAAAAAGCAGUUCCAAGAUCCAGCACAGGUUCAGCUUCGCACUGAGAUCCAGCAGCUCACUGCUCAUAUCAAGAAACUGCGUGAGGAGAUGGCCCAGUCCGAAAAGCAGGAGAUAGUGCUGUUCAGCAGCCAACAGAAACUGCAGGAGAGCAUCGACAUCAAAGCAAACUCACURUAUACUGAUGAGGUCCUCUGCAAGCAGCACCGAGAGUCCAUCAUCAUAUUCAACUUCUGAGCAGUCAGCAAAAGGGAAAGGUUUAUGGGACGUGCUGUUCCAAUUAAUUAUAAAAUUUCACUUUCAAAUAUCUGCCAACUUGUUUCUUUUUUCUUAAAAGCCUUAAAACAUUUAAAAUACUGUAGUUUAAUUCAAUAAAUGAGACAAAGCAGA